GCGAACGGGGGAGACCGAGCUGGGCGGGCAAAGCCUAGGAGGGGGGACGCAGCGAGAGAGAGCCAGAGCAACUCCGGGCCCCUGGCCGGCCAGACCCGAGAGAGCCCGACAUCUGCGUGAUUAUACCCACCAACACCAGCCUCGCAUUCAGUAGGGGAGGACGCACUCCCGGCUCCGGCUUGAGACUCGGGACCCCGGGUGGACCCCACCCACAGCCCCUCUUGGCUGUUGAGCCCGUUCUUCGGGCGAGGAGGCUGGCUCGGAGAGCUCUCUACGGCCGCCCCCCCUCCCAGUCCUCCAUGGCGGACUCUAGACGGAGCCUCUUCAGAAGCGCCUAAGGCACCGCGUCUCCAGGUGCGAGGAGAGCCUUCUCCUCUCCGCAGACCGAGCGGUCGCAACCAUCCUCGUUCCCCGGGGAGGGGGGAGGGGCCGCCGCCGGUGCUUCCUCCUUCGCCUCUUCUGGGAUCGAUCCUUCCGUCUGACCAGGAGGGGGGCACCCUGCCUGCUCCAGAGAAAGAAAGGAAGAAAAGGUGUGUGAGGGGGGCUCGAGUCCUGAAGCCCACCCUCGGCAGCCCCCAGCCCGGGAUCCGCGCUGCCUCCAUCGGGACAACAACCCCUCCUCCUUGUUCCUGCACAACAAGAUGUGAAGCGGAGACUCCUGGGACUUCGCUUCAUCCUCAUCUCUACGGCUCCCCUUUCUGCAGCCAUUAGCGACUGGCGAGAAAAGCGCAGGGGGAGUUGGGGACCCUUGCGGCGCUCCGCCUGACCCCCUUCCCCAGCCCCUUUUCCACGAACGGUGGGCAUUUCCCCCCCUUCCUUCGCAGGCUGGUUUAGGAGAGAGUGGGGAAGAAACUGCUCGGCGGAGGAGAGCGAUUCUUUCUCCCUUUUUUCUCCUCUCCUCCUUCGCCCGCCUCCUUGUGGCGAUGAGGAGGAGGAGGACGACGCCGAGGAGGAAGAGGUUGAUGGCGGCGGUGAAGAGGCAGCAGGAGGAGGAGAAGACGACCCCCCGGAGGAUGAAGAUGGUGGUGUUGGCGAUGACGAGGAAGCACCAGCAGCAAAACAGCCGGAUUUAAUUUGAUUUAGAAAUUCUCCAAGCUCUCUUAAUUGUUUGUUUAAUUGGGAAAGGGCUUGAUUUGUUUUUCUCAUCCUUAUUUUUCCCCGUGGCCCGGAGAAAAGACUGCUCCCACACCCUGUUUUCUAUAUCUGUUCCCCCUUAAUCGCUCCUACCCCACGGAGACCGAUCCCGAGGAGCAGAAAAAGAGGAACUUUGUCGCUUUCUUCUUCAGCUCCUUCUCUCCUUACUGCUGUCCAGCUGACUCCGGAUUCAAGAAGGAGGUGACGGCAUUGGGGAUCCCCAUCUUUGAUUUGGGCUCUGUUUGUCUAAAAAGAAUUAAAAAUGGCCGAGAAUGUGGUGGAGUCGGGCCCGCCUUCAGCCAAGAGGCCUAAACUCUCCUCACCGGCGCUCUCUGUGUCUGCAAGCGAUGGAACAGAUUUUGGAUCCCUCUUUGAUUUGGAACAUGACUUGCCAGAUGAGCUGAUCAGCUCCACAGAACUGGGACUUACCAAUGGAGGUGACAUUAAUCAGCUACAGACUAGCCUUAAUAUGGCACAAGAUGCUGCUUCGAAACACAAACAGCUGUCUGAAUUGUUGCGGGCUGGUAGCUCACCAAAUCUUAACAUGGGAGUUGGUGGGCCUGGCCAGAGUAUGGCCAGUCAACCCCAACAGAACAAUCCUGGAAUGGGAAUCUUAAACAGCAUGGUCAAAAGCCCCAUGGCACAGGCUGCAUUGACUUCUCCAAAUCUGGGGAUGAGUGCAAGUGGACCAAACCAAGGUCCAUCAGCUCAGUCUACUGCAGGAAUGAUGCCAGCAGUGAAUAGUCCAGUAAAUCAGCCUGGAAUGGGAAUGAAUGCCGGAAUAAAUGCUGGGAUGAAUCCUGGUAUGUUGGCUGCAGGUAAUGGACAAGGAAUGAUGCAAGGCCAAGUAAUGAACGGUUCAAUUGGAGCAGGAAGAGGGCGAUCCAACAUGCCAUAUCCUAACCCAGGAAUGGGUAAUGCUGGUAACUUGCUGGCUGAAACGCUGCAGCAGGGUUCUCCGCAAAUGGGAGGACAGGCAAGCUUGAGGGGCCCACAACCUGGAGCAAUGAGCAAGAUGGGAAUGAUGAACAACCCCGGUCCUUAUGUCCCACCAUAUAGCCAAAAUGCUGGGCAACCAAUUGGAGCUGCUGGACUUGGUCCCCAGAUGCAGAAUAAGCCUGUGCUACCUAACAGUUUACCCCAGUUUCCAAUGGACAAGAAGCCAGUGCCUGGUCCAGUAAUGCCUAACAUGGGUCAACAGCAGACUCCUCCAGUUCAGCAGACUGGGAUGGUGUCAACUGCCCCUCAGGGCAUGGGAUCAGGAGCUCCUACAGCAGACCCAGAAAAGCGCAAACUCAUUCAGCAGCAACUUGUUCUCCUCUUGCAUGCUCACAAAUGUCAGCGGAGGGAACAAGCAAAUGGUGAGGUGCGACAGUGUAACCUUCCCCACUGUCGUACCAUGAAGAAUGUUCUAAACCAUAUGACACAUUGCCAGGCAGGCAAAUCCUGCCAGGUGGCUCACUGUGCAUCUUCUCGACAAAUCAUAUCGCAUUGGAAGAACUGUACACGGCAUGAUUGUCCUGUCUGUCUCCCUCUCAAGAAUGCUGGGGACAAAAGAAAUCAACAAUCAUUAUUAGGUGGUGCUGCAGUAGGCCUUGGAAAUUCUGGUUCUGUAGGAGUGGGUCAGCAGACAACGCCUAACAUUAACACUACCAGCCAGAUUGACCCCAGCUCUAUUGAGAGGGCUUACGCAGCUCUUGGAUUGACGUAUCAAGGGAACCAGAUGCAGACACAGACACAGGCUCAAGUGAAAAGUCAACAACAAGGACAGUCACCACAGGGCCUCCGCCCCAUGAAUCCCACAAAUACUAAUCCUAUGGGAGUGAAUGGAGGCGUUGGGGUCCAGGCCCAGAGUCUGCUUCCUGACUCAAUGUUACAUUCAGCUAUGAAUUCACAAAAUUCGCUGAUGAAUGAAAAUGCUAAUGUUGCUAGUCUGGGGGCCAUGCCAACAGCAGCACAUCCAUCUGGCCUUGGAAUACGGAAACCAUGGCACGAAGAUAUUACUCAGGACCUCCGAAAUCAUCUUGUUCAUAAACUAGUGCAAGCCAUAUUUCCAACUCCUGACCCCGCAGCACUAAAAGAUAGGCGCAUGGCAAAUCUUGUCUCCUAUGCUCGGAAAGUAGAAGGAGACAUGUAUGAAUCGGCAAAUAGUAGGGCAGAGUAUUACCACUUACUAGCAGAGAAGAUUUAUAAGAUCCAGAAGGAACUAGAGGAAAAGAGGAGGACCAGACUGCAGAGACAGAACAUGAUACCAAAUGCCCCUGGAAUGCCACCAGCUCCCAUGAAUCAAGGACCUAUGGGGCAGCCACAACCUGGGAUGACAGCAAAUGGUCCUCUUCCUGAUCCAAAUAUGAUCCGUGCCAGUGUGCCAAACCAGAUGGUGAAUCGCAUGUCCACACCACCAGGAAUCAAUCAGUUUGGCCCAAUGAACAUGCAGAUGCCAUCAGGUGGUCCCAGGCAAGCUCCCCCUCUUCAGCACCCUGGACAGCUAAGCCAGACAGGGACCAUGAGCCAGAUGGGAUUUCCCUCGCGUAUGCAACAGCCAGGACAGCCUUCCAAUCAAAAUCAGUUCCUGCAGCAGAACCAGUUUCCAGCAUUAUCCCCAGGAAUGAGUGCAGCAAGCACACCUAUGUCUCAGCCUGGCAAUCAGACACCAACUUCUCAAGCACAAAUGACAAGCUCUUCCUGUCCUGUGAACUCUCCAGCGGUGGCUUCAGGAACUCAAGGGAGUCAUGUUCACUGCCCUCCUAUUCCACAGCCCACUUUGCAUCGAAAUUCUCCUUCUCCAGUACCAAGUCGUACUCCCACACCUCACCAUACACCCCCAGGUCUGGUAUCUCAACAGCAGCAGCCACCAGCACCACCACAGGCAACAAUUGCCACUGCUCCUGCCAUUGUUCCCCAAGCAAUGCCACCUGCACCACAAUCACAAACUAUGCAUCCUCCUCAGAGGCAGACUCCAACACCUCCACAGGCUCAGCUGACUCCACAAGUGCAGCCUCCAGUUUCAGUUACCCCUUCAGCAGAACAGCAACUGCCACAGCAGCCUCUUUCACAACAGAGCACGACUGCAUCCGUGCCCACCCCAACAGCACCCCUGCAGCCUCAACAUCCAACAACACCACUUUCACAGCCAGGUGUAAGCAUAGAUGGGCAAGUAUCGAACCCUCCCUCCACGAGCAGUGCAGAUGUGAACUCUCAACAGGCUGCUCCUGAGCAGCAGCAGCAGCAGCAACCUUUGCCUGAAAUAAAAAUGGAGGUUAAAAUGGAAGAAGAGGAGUCAGAACAGACAGAUCUUCCAAUGGAAGAGAAACCAGAGGUUAAGGUAGAAUCCAUUUCAGAGGAAUGUAAAUCUGAACCAGCAGAGCAGGAGGAAAAGAAACCAGAGAUUAAGUCAGAAGUGAAGGAAGAAGAGGAAAGACCGAGUACUCCGGGUACUCAGUCUUCUCCAGCUUCAGGACAGUCAAAAAGAAAAAUUUUCAAGCCAGAAGAGUUGAGGCAGGCACUUAUGCCAACAUUGGAGGCACUUUACCGUCAGGAUCCAGAGUCCCUUCCCUUCCGACAGCCCGUGGAUCCCCAGCUAUUAGGAAUUCCUGAUUACUUUGAUAUAGUUAAGAAUCCCAUGGACCUUUCUACUAUCAAGAGGAAGCUUGACACAGGACAGUACCAGGAACCUUGGCAAUAUGUUGAUGAUAUUUGGCUUAUGUUCAACAAUGCCUGGCUUUAUAACCGCAAAACAUCCAGAGUAUAUAAGUACUGUUCCAAGUUGGCAGAGGUGUUUGAACAGGAAAUUGAUCCAGUUAUGCAAAGUCUUGGCUAUUGCUGCGGAAGAAAGUUGGAGUUUUCACCACAGACAUUAUGUUGCUAUGGAAAACAGUUAUGUACAAUCCCACGAGAUGCUACAUAUUACAGUUACCAAAACAGGUAUCAUUUCUGCGAGAAGUGCUUCAACGAAAUCCAAGGGGAGAGCGUUUCUUUGGGGGAUGACCCAUCACAACCUCAAACCACAAUAAAUAAAGACCAGUUUUCAAAAAGGAAAAAUGAUACACUGGACCCUGAACAAUUUGUUGAAUGUAUAGAAUGUGGAAGAAAAAUGCAUCAGAUCUGUGUACUUCACAAUGAGAUAAUCUGGCCUUCUGGCUUUGUCUGUGACGGUUGCCUAAAGAAAACAGGACGAACCAGGAGAGAGAAUAAAUUCUGUGCUAGAAGGUUACCAACCACAAGGCUUGGUACUUUCUUGGAGAACAGAGUGAAUGAUUUCCUGAGAAGACAGAAUCAUCCUGAGUCGGGUGAAGUAAUUGUUAGAGUUGUUCAUACUUCAGAGAAAACUGUAGAAGUUAAACCAGGAAUGAAAGCAAGAUUUGUAGAUAGUGGAGAGAUGGCAGAACAGUUCCCUUAUCGAACAAAAGCCCUUUUUGCUUUUGAGGAAAUUGAUGGUGUAGAUUUGUGCUUUUUUGGAAUGCAUGUUCAGGAGUAUGGGUCAGAUUGCCCACAACCCAACCAGAGGAGAGUAUACAUAUCUUACCUUGACAGUGUUCACUUUUUCCGCCCUAAAUGCUUGAGGACUGCAGUCUAUCAUGAAAUAUUAAUAGGCUACCUAGAGUAUGUCAAGAAGUUGGGGUAUACAACUGGACACAUCUGGGCUUGCCCACCCAGUGAAGGAGAUGACUAUAUUUUCCAUUGCCAUCCUCCUGAUCAGAAGAUUCCCAAGCCCAAACGACUGCAAGAGUGGUACAAAAAGAUGCUGGAUAAAUCAGUGUCUGAGCGCAUAGUCCAUGAUUACAAGGAUAUUUUUAAGCAGGCAACAGAAGACCGUUUAACAAGUGCAAAAGAGCUGCCUUACUUUGAAGGAGACUUCUGGCCCAAUGUUCUAGAGGAGAGCAUAAAGGAGCUAGAACAGGAAGAGGAAGAGCGGAAGAGAGAAGAAAACACUAGCAAUGAAAGCACUGAUGUGAGCAAAGGAGAUAGUAAAAAUGCCAAAAAGAAGAACAACAAGAAGACGAGUAAAAAUAAGAGCAGCUUAAGUCGUGGUAAUAAAAAGAAGCCUGGAAUGCCCAAUGUCUCCAAUGACCUCUCCCAGAAAUUAUAUGCCACUAUGGAGAAGCACAAGGAGGUGUUCUUUGUCAUCCGUCUCAUUGCUGGUCCUGCAGCCAAUUCUCUGCCUCCUAUCAUUGAACCUGAUCCACUCAUUCCUUGUGACUUGAUGGACGGACGUGAUGCCUUCCUCACGCUUGCUAGAGACAAACACCUUGAGUUUUCCUCCCUGCGAAGGGCAAUGUGGUCAACUAUGUGCAUGCUGGUGGAGUUGCACACUCAGAGCCAGGACCGUUUUGUUUAUACCUGCAAUGAGUGCAAGCACCACGUGGAGACAAGAUGGCACUGCACUGUCUGCGAGGAUUACGACCUGUGCAUCACCUGCUAUAGCACUAAAAACCAUGAGCACAAGAUGGAGAAACUGGGCCUUGGUAUUGAUGACGAAAGCAACAACCAACAAACAGCCACCACGCAGAGUCCUGGUGAUUCCCGUCGCCUGAGUAUCCAGCGCUGCAUCCAGUCUUUGGUCCAUGCCUGCCAGUGUCGCAAUGCCAACUGUUCACUGCCGUCCUGUCAGAAGAUGAAGAGAGUUGUCCAGCACACCAAAGGCUGCAAGCGCAAAACCAACGGAGGGUGCCCAAUCUGCAAGCAGCUCAUUGCUCUUUGCUGCUAUCAUGCUAAGCACUGCCAGGAGAACAAGUGCCCAGUGCCCUUUUGCCUCAACAUCAAACACAAGCUCCGUCAGCAGCAGCUUCAGCAUCGCCUGCAGCAGGCCCAGAUGCUUCGAAGGAGGAUGGCAAGCAUGCAGAGGACUGGCAUAGUAGGGCAGCAGCAAGGGCUGCCUUCGCCAACACCCGCCACACCGACUACUCCAACAGGCCCACAGACCCCAACUUCUCAGACUGCACAGCUGCAACCUCAAACUCAGCCUGUCUCGCAGCCACAACCUACACUUCCCAAUACUAUUCCUUCAUAUAGUUUGUCAAGAAAUCAGUCUUCUGGUGCUGUGUCCCAAGGCAAGGCAGGUGGCCAGGUAACUCCUCCAACAACUCCUCAGACUGCUCAGCCAUCUAUCCAGGGUCCUCCUCCAGCUGCAGUGGAAAUAGCCAUGCAGAUCCAGCGAGUAGCUGAUCACCAGCGGCAGAUGGCUCAUGUUCCCAUUUUCCAGAGGCCAAUUCAACACCAGAUGCCCCAGAUGAACCCAAUACAGCCUAUGGGUGUUACACCUCCUCAGAUGGCCAGAGGUCCUGGUGGCCACAUAGAUCAAGGGAUGGGACCAACAGGAAUUCAGCAGCAGCCAGCAUGGGCCCAAGGUGGGUUGCCUCAACCUCCGCAGCUGCAGCCAGGAAUGCAGAGACCACCCAUGAUGUCAGUGGCCCAGCCAGGGCAGCCCAUGAACAUGUCACCACAAGGGAUGGGUCAGGUACCAGGUGCAGCUCAGCCAAGACGAAGUUCUCUGCCCCAGGCAGCCUUACAAAACCUGCUGCGGACUCUCAGGUCUCCCAGCUCUCCCCUGCAGCAGCAGCAGGUGCUUAACAUCCUGCACUCCAACCCUCAGCUGUUGGCUGCCUUCAUCAAGGAGCGGGUCAAGCAUCAAGCAGGGCUGCAGCAGCAACAGCAGCAACAGGCCAUGCCAGGGCAGCAAGGGGUGCACCCAAACCCAGCCAUGCAGAACAUGAAUCCGAUGCAAGCCAGCGUCCAGAGGCCCAGCAUGCCCCAGCAAUCUCCACCCCAGCAGCCUCCAACUCAGCAGGCCAUGGGUGGGAUGAAUCCUCAGGCACAGCCAAUGAACAUGAAUCACUCAGCAAUGUCUCCCCAGUUCCGGGACCUCCUGAUGAGACGACAGAUGAUUGAACAACAGCGCCAGCAGCAGCAGCAGCAGCAACAAGGAGCAGGCCCUGGGCUGGGGCCAGGCAUGGCCAACCAUAACCAGUUUCAGCAGCCCCAGGGAGUCGGGUACCCCCAGCAGCAGCAACAGCAGCGUAUGCAGCAUCACAUGCAGCAGAUGCAACAAGGAAAUAUGGGACAAAUGAGCCAGCUUCCUCAAGCAAUGAGUGCAGACACAGGAGCGAGUUUGCAGCAGGCCUUCCAACAGCGGCUACUCCAGCAGCAGAUGGGAUCACCAGCUCAGCCUAAUCCCAUGAGUCCCCAGCAGCACAUGCUGCCUAGCCAGGCCCAGUCCCCACACUUACAAGGCCAGCAGAUUCCAUCGUCACUCGCCAAUCAAGUGCGUUCUCCACAGCCUGUCCCUUCACCACGGCCCCAGUCCCAGCCCCCACACUCUAGCCCUUCACCUAGGAUGCAGCCUCAACCUUCUCCACAUCAUGUUUCCCCACAGACCAGCUCCCCACAUCCAGGACUGGUAGCUGCCCAGGCUAACCCCAUGGAUCAAGGGCACUUUGCCAGCCCGGACCAGAGUGCAAUGCUUUCUCAGCUUGCUAGUAAUCCAGGCAUGGCAGGCCUCCAUGGUGCAAGUGCCACAGAACUGGGGCUCAGCUCAGAUAAUUCAGACUUGAAUUCAAACCUUUCACAGAGUACACUAGACAUACACUAAGACACAUUGUAGCAUUUUGGGAGCAAAAAAGAACUUAUUUUCUCAAGACUUUUUGUACUGAAGAAAAUUUUUUUGAAUCUUUCUUAGCAGAAACAGCAAUUUUCCCUGGAACGCAUCUGAACUCUGCAGAAGUAGUAUUUGGUUUUAAAAACAAGAAACCAACAAAAUGAACCUGAGGGACAGUAGAAUACAAAGAAAAUAUAUUUUUGUUAUGGCUGGAAUCAUAACCAGUCCUCUCCCCCCCCACCACCACCUUGUUUUUGUUUUCCCUUCGCGUGCGUUGGGGAGGUACUUGGGAGGGGGAUAGUUAUUUGGCUGUUGACCAAAUGGCUCCCUUCUCUAGCCUCCAAUAGGUUUUAUUUUUUUUUAAAUUAAUGAAAAUAUGUAAUAUUGAUAGUUAUUUACUGAGGCAGAUGGUUAACAUUUUUCCUAUUCUGUUUUCCCCCCACACAUCUACUGCAAAAAAAAGAAAAGAAAAAAAAAACAGGAGAACAUUUCCUAAAACUGGAGGACAAAAAGGGUGAAUGUUGCUUUAAAAAUACAGUGCAUAUAUAUAAAUAUAUAUUAAAGAUAAAUACCAAUUUUUCCGCUUUGUUUGGAAAGAUGUCAAUUCUUUUAAAAUUGUAAAAAAUUAAGUAACCCAGUCUCCCUCCCGAAGUCUACUUUUGUCCUCCAAGAAUUUUCUAUACCAGAGUCUGAGCUUAAACUUCAAGUAUUAAAAUUUGUACAUGUAGAGAGAAGACAUUUUGCAAAUACACAGGGCAGCUGCCAAAUGGAUGUAGUAUAUAUAUUGUGGUUUGUUUUCUUGAAAGAAUUUUUUUGUUAUUUUUACAUCUAACAAAGGAAAAAUAAAGAGGGUAAGAAACUAUUCCAAGGGUAUAAAUUUUAACCUGAGAGAGAAUCCCUGGGGUUUCUUCUUUUAUGCUUGCUUUCUCUUUCCCUCCCUUCCCUUUUCUUCCUCUUCCAUUUUCUGUAAAACUUGAAAAUAGAAAGCAAAAAACCCUCAAAUGUUGUAAAUCAUGCAAUUAAAGUUGAUUACUUAUAAAUAUGAACUUUCGAUCACUGUAUAGACUGUUAAAAUUGAUUUCUUAUUACCUAUUGUUAAAUAAACUGUGUGAGACAGACUGA